CCCGGCGCGGUGCUGGGCUCCGCGAGGCCGCGAUGGAGCUGGAGCGGCUGAGGAAGAGAUACCGGGGGGACAGCGAGGCGUUCGAGGAGUGUCACCUGGUGUCGCUGGAGCCGCUGGCGCAGCUCCAGGCGUGGCUGCAGGAGGCGCUGCAGUGCCCCGGCAUCGCCGAGCCCAACGCCAUGUGCCUGGCCACCUGCGGCAGGGACGGGCGGCCCUCGGCCCGCAUGGUGCUGCUGAAGGGCCUCGGGCCGGACGGGCUGCGCUUCUUCAGCAACUACGAGAGCAGGAAGGGCCGGGAGCUGGACUCCAAUCCCUUCGCCUCCCUCGUCUUCUACUGGGAGCCGCUCUGCCGGCAGGUGCGGGUCGAGGGCUCGGUGCGGCGCCUGCCCGAGGAGGAAUCCGAUCGCUAUUUCCAGUCCCGGCCCAGGGGGAGCCAGAUCGGGGCUCUGGUCAGCAGGCAGAGCUCCGUCAUCCCCGACCGCGAGUACCUGCGGAAGAAGAACGCGGAGCUGGAGGAGCUCUACCGGGACAGGGCAGUGCCCAGGCCGGACUACUGGGGCGCGUACCUCGUGGAGCCGGAGGUGGUGGAGUUCUGGCAGGGCCAAUCGAACCGGCUGCACGACCGGAUCGUGUUCCGGCGCCUGCGGGACCCCGCGGCGCCGCUCGGGGCCAUGACCCACCGGGGCCACGGCGACUGGGUCUACGAGCGCCUCUCGCCCUGAGCCCGCCGCUGCUCCCGCUCCGGAACGGCCCCAGGUGUCGCGGCCGCUCCGGAAUGUCCCCACGUGUCGCGGCCGCUCCGGAAUGUCCCCAGGUGUCGCGGCCGCCCCGCCCUGUCCCUCGCUGUGUGCUGCGGAACGGGGCCGGAGCUGCCCUCACCCCGGUGUGUCCCCAAAUCCGUCUGCAGCCGCUCCUGGUGGUUAAUUAAUCGUGUUAAUGAUCGUGCAGGGUCCAGCUGUAACCCCCCUCCCUGUCCCUGUCUCUGCCCUGUCCCUGUCCCUCGCUGUGCACUGGGGAAUUGGUCCGGAGCUGGCCUCACCUCGAUGUGUCCCCAAAUCCAUCUGCAGCCGCUCCUGGUGGUUAAUUAAUCGUGUUAAUGAUCGUGCAGGGUCCGGCUGUGACCCCAGUGACCCCCUGUCCCUGGCGCUGUCCCUGUCCAGCCACUGCCACCCCUCUCUCUCCACGUUUUAACUGGAAUCGUGGAAUGUGCUCAAUUCCCAGUUCAUUACUGCUGUUGUUUAAUUAACUUAAAUCGCGUCGCCGCUGUCCCAGGGCCGUGAGACCCCGGCCCUCACCCUGUCCCCUCCUCCAGCCGCCUGGGAAAAAAUAAACCGGGAUUUCUGUGGA